UCUUCCCCCGGACGGAAAAUGAGGCAAGUAUUCGUACCCCGAGGAAAGACGAGCGUACGUCUCGAGUGUUCGGUUUCAGUUGCGCACGAGACAGCGACCAAAAGCAGACAACUCCAACAACCUUGCCCACGGUGGCUCGCUUUAUCGGUGGCCAAAGAGUGUGAUUCCUUUAUCGGUAAAAAAACGAGUAAUUCUGGCCAGCAAACGUUACCCAAAACCAACGUCCUUUCCGUCUAACAGUGUCUCUCGUGUAGUGUGUGUUGUUUUAGUUGUGCAGGUUUUUUUGUUGUGUGUGGUACGUAAUGAGACACCGAGCGUGGGGUACAUUGUUGGCCGGGUUGACCGGCUUGCUGCUCGUACUGGCCAUGCCCGAUCGGAUUGCAGCCGACCUGAUGGGUGACAUUCAGCAGGGGUUGAAAACGACCGGCAAACUGUUCGGCAUCAACACGAUUGCCGACGUGGCCGACCUGGUGGCGAAGGGGUUUGCCACACGCCGCGGCACGCAGGAACCGCAGCGGCCGGCGGCCCAAGCCACCGACAGCGUCGGUGUCGUUGAUGGACUGCUCGGCCAGACGCCCUCCAUGAUGACCAUCAUGAUGAAGCUGCUCGGGCUGGAUGGUAGCCAGCUCGGUGCAAUGCUGGUCAACGGUAUCGUGUUCCUGGCACACAUCAUUGGGACAAAUUUGGGUGCCUUCCGGUCACCGUCCCUCGGUGACACCGCAUCGGCAAACGCUCAAAACAGUUCCCCAUUAUUCCCCUCCUUUCCAACGGCCUCACCGCUGACGGGCGAAUCGGAACCAUCGCAAAGCAACGAGAGCCAACAGUCUGGCACGAACAGCAACCCGCUCGACUGGCUGUUGCGCAAUCCGUCCAAGCGGUUCCGUGUGCUGCUGGACCAGGUCAAGAAUACCGAUCUGGCGGAACGGUUGGAUCGCGAGAUGGACCAGCUCGACCGGUACGCCCCAGAGGACACCGACUGCAUCCGGUUGUUGAUGUGCAAGGUGAAACCCUUCAUCUGGAAGAUGCAGAACGUCGUGCGGGACACCGUACUGUCAAAGGGUCCGGGUCCAUCGGGCGGUGACAGCGAACAGACAUCAGACAACCAUGCGGCACCAAACGGGGAAGAGAUACUGAAAGGCAUACACGCCAAUCUACCGUCUGAGGCAGAAUUCCAGCGGCAGAGCAAACUUUGCGAGCAACAGUUUCGCCACUGCCGACGUCUGCUCGGGUAGGGGAAGCUGGUUGCGGGGAAGGACGCGUGCUGCGAUGUGUCGUGUGUUACAUGAACGUUCAAACAAUCCGUUAUGGUGUGGUGAGUUGUUGGGUCUGGUUGCAGCAACCGUGCACAAUGGAAGUAAUAAUCACUAAAAGGUUCAUUGUGGUGAGGUGUACGAAAAAUGGGAGGUUUACAGUACAGUGAGCAGCGGGUAAUUGUCGACAAGCAUAAUUUGAGCGGUUAUUUCUAUGAUGAUAGUAUGUGCAAUCUAACGAAUAUUUGUGUAAAAAUAUGAUAAAAGUUGUAAAUGAUGAGUAAUGAAAAACAAAGUACAAUGUGGCUGGUGGAUUUUAACUUAAAUAAAUAUGAUAAAAGAGGAUUUUUUGCUCCGAACGUAGCUACAAAAUAAAUAAUUAAGCAUGGCUCUAACAUAUAAAGAAUCAUCAUUACACUAAAAAAUUUCAGUUUAAAUGUUCAUCAUUUUAACAAUCCAAUAGCAAUAUCCAAUAACUCCAGGGUGCUAGCAAAUGUGUUUUUAAGGACAAUACAAUUCCCAGCAGUCUCUCGAAUCCCAGUGAAACCGAUUUUAAGCCCUUGCCGUUCU